AUGAACGUGCCGCAGCACAUCGGCGUUAUGGGAGACGCCAAAUACAUCCCCAAUGGAACCAUUAAAAGCGACGCAAAAUGGCAAGAAAGGGACCAAAUCGUGGAGAAAAUGCACGUGCCCGAACGCUUAAUGGUCGCCGGAGGAAAUGAUGUAAGAGGAGCAUCCGCGCCACCAAUGGAAGUUCUUCUCGAUCGAAUGCCCGAUGUCGUUAAGCGAACUUCGAUGCAAUUCGACCUACCCGAAACGUUAACGCUGGAUCGAACGAGUUUCCCCGAUGUGAUUGAGCCAAAACAUGACGAUUCACGAUCAGCUGCCUCAAUAGCCAUCGACGACAAUCCAUUGCAAGAAAUCAAAUUGAUGAGGCGACAAUUGACGACUCUUUCAGCACGGGUAUAUCAGAUGGAAGAAGAAUAUGAAAGGAGACGAUCUCGCGAAACUCUUCAAUGGUUUCUCACUCUUGCCGGUGCCGUUGGUGUACUCAUGCUAAGCAUUCUCCGAAGA